AACAUCCAGUAUUGAAACUUCUAAAACUAACAUUAAAAGCACUAAUGAAUCCUAAAAAUUCAGCUAAUUAGAUAAACAGAAAGCUUGGUAAAUUCAAGUAUAUUGUUAGUUAACUGCCCAUUUCGUAUUUUUUCUUACGCUUCUCCUUUAGAAACUAAAAUAUCUUACUUCCUUUAAUCUUCUCAUGAGGAAACUGUAUUUUGUCUCCCUUAAAUUUUGUUCCAACUCUCUGUAUCUCAUUUGCUGCUGCUGCUGUAGCAGCAAAAAAAAAAAUCUUAAGUAUAAAACGAGACCAAAAUUAUCUAGAAGAAAAAGCUGUAUUACCAUUUUACACAGAAGAUCUGUAAUGCUGUAAUGUUUUUUGGUAUUAUUUCCAAUCUUCUUCUCAACACGUUUUUUGCAAAUUAUUCAGUUCUUUUAAUGGUCUGCAACAGAGACUUGAGCUGGAUUUGGCCAUAAAAAAUUUCAUAAGGAAAAAAGGAAAGGUUAAAACUUCCUCAAAACAACCCACUAUUAGGUACUGAUGAGUUGCUGAUGAAGUGAGGUGAGAGACUCAUGUCCUAUUCCCUUACCAGAUAUUGGCUUGAAAUGAGCUAUUCAUGUAAGGGAACUUAAAAACAAACAGAAAACCCCUCCAAACUCUUCAAUUCUGUGCAUUCAAUUUUAGCUCCUUUCAGUACGAUUUUUCUGAAAUUGAAAUAAGAUCAAUAGGAGCUGAGACUCUUCAACAGUUCUUGAGAAAAAUCAGACUUCUGGUAUCUGAAAUUGAAACAAUCAAUAUUAGACCAACCUCUGAAAAAUAUAAUAUAAACAGUCGGGGCCUCGCUUUCCUCUGGCACCAAACAGGCACAACAAUAAGCUGUGCUGCUGUUUAUUAUCAACGGCAUUCUGCACAAAAGUGACUAUAAAGACAAGAUCCUGGAAAAGUGAAGAACUCUGGGAAGUUAAGACAUGCCAGCAGUGUGUUUUCACAGCAUGUUGGAUGCCUUUUACCUUUCUGAUGCUGAGUUUCAUGGCAGGUGCUGAAACACGAUGAGCAAUGAAUGAGGGUGGCAUAAGAACACCAGUCCUCAGCCACACCGACUGAUGGGGCAGUGUGUGCCUAAAGCUCAGGUACAGCUCCCAGAUACAGCCUGACAUGGUUUUUGUCUUCCCAAAAAGGAUCACCAUCUUCCCCAUCCAUCAAAUGAAGGAGACAGGCUGCACAAGGAGAGAAUCACAAACAGCUAUGUAACAUCACAAAGGUACAGACAGACAAUUCUGGGAGAGCAUUACUUUGUUCUCAUGCAACACUGCCAAUAAAUGUUUGUCAUGGUAUUUGUUACAGCUCCCAAGUAAUUACUGCUGCAGUGGAAGCUCUGAAGGGCUCAAAAAGGUUCUUUGUGUGCCAAGAUGGAUCAUUUCGUACAUCCGUGGAGCAUGGGAAAACACAGCCUGCAACACCUUGGCAACUCCUUGCACCAGGAGGAAGCAUAAGGCUAACCUCCACAAAUUGCUCCUUUACUAAAUAACAGCAAUGCAAUUAUAAAAAAAAUUACUGAACCAUUUGUGAGUAUCUACCGAAAUUACGUUACAUGGAGAACAAGUUCAGGCUGGCCUUAACCAGCGGAAAACAUUAACAUCUACUAAUGGAGAAGAAACAAAGUUUAAUUUGCUCAUGGAUCAGUGAAGUCCAAACAUGUGCAUUCAUUUUUGGUGGACUCUGCCCUUUCUUGGCACUUAAGAUGCAGGAAUGAGGGACUGCAGAGCUUAGAGAAGUCAGCCCCCACAACUUGUAUCCACUGCUGGCUCUCCAGGCUGCUGCCCCAGCAAUAACCAACCCAGAAGCUGCAAACAUCAACAAAGGUUAUUUUAAGAGGAGACAUGAAUCUUGAAGAGUAUUUUGCAAGAACUGGGUAUAAAGGUUCCCUUGAAAAUCAAGACUUGGAAACCUUAACUGAUAUAUUCCAGCACCACAUCCGCGCUGUUCCAUUUGAAAACCUCAGCAUCCAUUGUGGGGAGAAAAUUACUUUGGAGCUGGAGCACGUUUAUAACAAAAUUGUGCACAAGAAGCGUGGUGGUUGGUGCAUGGAAAAUAACCAGCUGUUGGGUUGGGUUCUGAAAUGCCUGGGGUAUGACGCCAGCUUCUUGGGAGCCUAUGUGUUCAACCCGCAUGAAAACGCGUAUGCCACCAUCAUGACCCACCUCCUGGUGAAGGUAGUUAUUGAGGGCAAAGCCUACAUUGUUGACGCAGGCUUUGGUGUAUCCUACCAAAUGUGGCAACCAAUGGAGCUUGUAUCAGGGAAAGACCAGCCCCAGGCUCCUGGUAUCUUCCGUUUCACAGAAAAGAAUGCCAUCUGGUACCUCGAGAAAAUGAGACGGAAACAACAUAUCCCCAAUGAGAAUUUCUCUGAUUCUGAUCUUCUAGAGAAAAAAGACUGUCGGAAAGUGUAUAUGUUCAGUCUGGAACCACGGACAGUGGAAGAUUUCUGCUUUCAGUGCACGUACCUUCAGACGUCUCCAGAGUCCCUCUUCACAAAGAAGUCCAUCUGCACCCUUCAGACCACCGACGGCUUCCGAGCGCUCAUUGGGUGGACGCUCACUGAGACCAAAUACAAUUACAAGGAAAACAUGGAUCUGGUAGAAUUUAUAACCCUUAAAGAUGAAGAGGUGGAGAAGACACUGAAAGAUAAAUUCAACAUCACCCUAGAGAGAAAGCUUGCCCCAAUUAACAUCAAAGGAUUUUACACAAUCUAGAUGACUGUAAAAACCCACGGUAAUGCUGCACGCGUACAGCGCCUUCCAUGUCUGUGCAAUCACUACUGCAAGAUUAUGGGAUUCCCUUGCAGGCGACUGAAGGAAAAAUACAUUAAUACCAGAUUAAAGUGAAUUUCACUCUGGAGAAAGGAGAAAAACAGGGAUUUAAGACUCAUCUGUCAGGUAGAUAGAAUUAUUUUCUGUGAGAUGACUGCGGUUCAGUUUUUUGGCACGAAUGUAGAGACUGAUUUGAAUCUGGUUAUAAACUUGGGUAAGAAAUAUCUCAGAGUAAUUUUGGAGUGCCUAUAGCACAUAAAUUGGAGUAAGGAUUAUUAAUUGUGAUAUGCUGCCAACACAUUUUCUACGGCCAUUAUAGGAAAAAAGUCAUCUGCGAGCUUUUAGACAAUGAAGUAUGCAUUUAAAACUUCAUUUUUCACCAGAUCUAACCACUCACUGCUCAUCUCAUUACCUUUAAUAUAGGUUGAACAAUAUUGUCAUCUUUGAAAGGAACAUUAGGAGGUGUAAUUCCUUCACCAUCAUCCUUAGAUGAAAACACAGUACAAAAUGAAAAUUAUCAUCAUGUGCAUCCCUUCUGUCAUUACUGCAGCAAACUGCCCAAGGUAAUUUUUGGUACGUAGGUAUUUUUCCUUUGAUGCAAAUUGUAUAUACUGCAGCAUUAUUGUGCCUGAUGGGUUCUAAGGAGAUACCUACAAGCUUUGCUUCUGAUAAAUAAUCAUCCUGUAACAGGUUGAGUGGUGCUUAAAUGUCUCAACUAGCUUAGACGUACUUCUACCUCAAAUGGGGUAGAAAUUUCAUGUUUUCAGUAUUGCAAAUUAUUUGUAUAACAGCAGAACAAUGAAGCUGACCCCGCUACAGCCUUAAAUCCACCCUGCUUUUUGUGUAUAGCAAAUAUGGGAAUCCGCAUGCUAUCCUGAAUGACAACUGCUUAGCAUAAGAUCUCUAGUGUCACAACUUAGUUUCGUCAUCUGUAUUCAGUUGAAGAAAAACAAAUAAAUAAAUAAAACCACCAUGGAGCCAACCAAAUAUGAAGAAACUCCUUUAAAGUAUUUAACAAUUGCAUUUCCCCUUUAAAAAUUAAAAAAAGGUUUCCCCCAUCAUGCUUUUCUGCAAAAAAGCCUGACCAAGAAAACCACUGAAAAAGCAAAAAUGCUUUCAAGUCCAUGAGAUAAGCAGCAAUACUGGAAAAUACCCUUUUCCUCCUUCACACGGUAAUAAAGGAAAACAAAAACAUGAAGAGUUGCUGUCUUGCAUGCACCAUUAACUAAGUAAAUGAGGUCUGCACAGUCGUGCUGUCGAUCUGCUGGUCAACCCUGCCCACCACAGAUUUCUUGAACCAAACAGGCCAAUACCAAAAUUUGGCAGUGUGCUGGAGAUGGUAAGUUGUGAGAGCUGCCUGUAAAGAACGUGCAGGUUGAAGAGAAGGUCCCCUACCACUUCCUGUGCUGGGCUGGCUCCUCCCUGUCCAUUGGCCAUGGUGGCAGUUCUGCCUGCUCACAGAGAACUAAGGACCAAGCAGGAAGCAAUUGGAGACAAUGAAAGAUCUUACUGAGGUGGGAACACUUUUUCUAUGAACUAAAGACUUUGUUCUGUAAUUUGCGUUCUUACUACUACAUCAUACUAAGGUCUCAUUAAGGGUUUUCACCCCUUUCUAAGUGAUUGAUCACAAGCUGUUCCUCAAGACCCCAAGGAACAUUCUGAGUUUCGGAACACUUACCACCUCCAUUUUGGCUGACAGAAAAUCCCAUCAGCAUUCAACCCAGGUCACCAAACCAUAUUCCUCUAUGCAGUGAACUACAGCUGUUCUCUGGUGCUGCUGCCUCUUGUCUUGAGGGCAACCAUUUACAGGCUAGUUAUUCUGCCUCUGUAUUUCUCUAGAGAUGUUCCUGCUAUUGCUCCCAGGUAAUUGCUCAGGUUGUGAUGUGCAAGGCAUCCUCAAGCCGAGCACUAUAGACUCAGACUUUAACCAUGUCUGUAAAGAUGAGAUUCAACACAGGUACUCCUUCCAAGUAUUACUUUCUUAAGAUUUAUGUGGUGGGCAAUGACUGAAGCUUCAGCCCUUUCUCUGACUUCACCUGUUGAUAACAACUUUCUGAGAUGUGUUUUUCCUCUCCACGUGACAAGUAUAACCAGGUCCUCACCAUGCAGCAUCAAAUCACAUAAAGAAAAGUCAACACGUACAGGAACCGUUCCACACUUUAACUAAAGCUCCCGAUAAGCUGAUGAAAAGCCUGAAGUUAUUCAGGUGUGAAUGUCAGACCCAAAAUGUCUCAAAGGUUUGGGAUGAGAAUGGUGUAAAAACAAAUAAAACCAAACAAACCCAGCGGCCUCCUGCUGCAGUUUCACUAGCAAGGCAUUAUUACAGAAGACAGACACUCUCCUAGACCAAAAAGAAAAAUACAAACAAGUAAUUAAAGCAUCAGCUCUCAGAGAAGCUUGCAUUCACAUGCAGUAGUGAAACACAGAAUCACACAGCUGCAAGGCACUUUGACAUCCUUUGCCAUCACUAUACCUUAUUAACAAUCCCUCUUUAAGAAAGGUUUAAUGAGAGCCUAAGCUAUUGUGCAGUUUUAGUUGCAGAUUGUUGUUCAAAUGAAGCAGAACAAACGCGUAGAACCCCCCGCCUCCUCCCACCCCCACUUUUACAAUUCCAAGUAAAAUUUACAAGUACAGCAUUCCAAUUAACAGAAAGAUGAGACAAUUUCUUUUUAAGUCUGAAUUCUGGAGCAGCUCCCAGAAUCCCAGCCCAGCUGCCCAUUACACACACACAAUGCCCAAUGGCAAUGACAGCCGUCCACAAUUGUGUAACUGUAUAAUGGAGAAUCUUAUUAGAAAACAAGACACACAGAGGAAGAAACGUUCAAACUUCAUGGCACCACUGCCCAUCCUCCUCCCUCUCCAAAGAGUCAAAGUUUAAAAAGCUCAUGCAUUACUAAAGGGAAGAUUCAGGAUGUCUCACUGCAGUUGCACUCUGGUCCAGUAGUUUUUAAGAUCCAAUUCUAAGCAGAAUAAAAGUAGCAGAAGAAGAAGCAUGAGCAAUAAAGAUGAAGUUGUUCAAUUCUCACAUUUCCAACACUGUCAAAAAGAGGGACAAAAAUUCCACCUGUCAAGAAGCAUGUUUAAACUUAACACAGUGAGCUGUCAGCAGGCAUGAACUACAACACGCUUUGUUUGUUCACCCUAAUAGGUACCUUAGUACAACAGGCACAAACACUUCUCAUGUCUGGUAACUCUCUCUCUGAAUUUUGCUUUUUAUUUUUUUUAUUUGAACAAAAAUACUACUUACCCCAGCUUCUUUCAGAUCUCAAAGAUCUCUACUUUUCAUUUGGAAAACAUGACCACGUGGGUUUUAAAUUCUACAGCUUAGAAAGAUGUUCAUGAAAAUGGAUCUGCGUUUGAGACCGUUUCAGAGCCAAGAAAGCUUGAAUUAAUGUAGGUUUGCAGUAUGAAUAUUUCACUGCUACACUUACAGCUCUGUCAAGAAUAAUUCAAAUAGAAAUUUCAUACAGCACAAUGUUUCUACCUUGGCUACAAAACUAGAGGUCUGAUUUAAAAAAAACCACACACAUUUAUAUUUAUAAAGUUGGAAAUACAGAUGGGUAUUUCUGAGGAUCCUAUCAUAAUUCUAAAUGCCUGCUGGUAACUUUGGACACACAGGCACCUUUAGAAAGGAAGACUGGGAAGAUUUUGAAUUCUGCCUCAUUUGUAGUAACAUACCAUGAAUCUUAACACUGCACUUUACAAACUCCUCAUGGAUAGGCUCUGAUUAUGCUACAACCAAGCAGUUGGUCAUACUACAGCAUUUCAGUAGCUCACCUACCCACCAGCUAAACACGAACAAAGCACCCAGAUCUGAAGAUAAUAAACCAAGACCAGACACACUACAGUCCUCACAGUUGGUGUUAGGCAUUUUCAGGAGACAAAUGAACCAUCCUUCCUCCCUCUUAAACUCCAAAACCAUGGAUAUUCUUGAAGCUGAUGAGAGUUCACUCUACACAAACACACCUUGCCACUCAAACUCCCAGCCAUUCACCAGGACACGACAUGAAAUUAUGGACCCAUGUAUGGCAGAAUACACUUCAGCUGCACAAAAUUACCCUUCAUUGGACUGAACAGAAUUGUGCAGUGCAACAGAACACACUGCAUACAGACUCGACCAAGCAAGACUUCACAAAAUGUUUACCUGAGCCACAGGUAGUUACCAGAAUUACCCCAGAACUCCUCUACACAAUGUCACUGAACACUCCACUUUCCCUCAGGGAAGGGCAGUUGUGGGAACAUGGCUGCUGGUGGUUCAAAGAAGACACCUCCCUCAACUAUCCAGCACAGCCAUGUACGAAUUCUCAUAAAGAAACGUAUUCUCAUAGAGGGGAAUCAAUUUCCUACUAAUAAGCAAGAAAGAAUAAUGGGAUACAUUCUGAGUUUCUCUUGUGAUGACCAACAAUAAAUCAUUUCUUAGCUCAGGUCAUAUCUUCCGUGGGAAGAAAAAUGUCUUGCCAUCAUUAACUUCCUUUCAGCCAGUGAUAAUAUAUGAUCAAAUUUUAAGUAAUUCAACCAGUUGCAUUUAAUUAGCUCUGAAAAACUAUCUCAGAUCAUGAAUCACAGACUUUCCACCUGUAUGAAGCUUCCUUACUAGGUUAGAAGUGUAUUUCUCUUUCCAUGUGUGAUCCAUCUUGAAUAUCUAACAAGGUGCUCCUGAUAUACAGAUUAAAGUUCAUAUAUCACACAUGCAAAUACAGACAUAAGGCUCUUUCUUCAUAUAAUUGAGUUGUCGAAAAUGUGUCGUUUCACUGAGUAGUUUAAAAACUGGGAAAAAAAGAACCCUCAGGUCCUGGAUGGAAUGGUCACCACUUGCAACAAUUCAACAAAUUUCUUUCUCCAGAGAGUUAUCAUCAAGGAUGAGUAAUUUAGACACCUUGAUGAGGAAAGUAACAGAUAAAAACUACUACUUUCUGAAAGCCAGAAUGCAGAGAACUGCUAUGAUUUCAGACAAAACCACACUGACCUUUCUGUUUUCCAAAGCACUGACAAAAGGCUGUGAUGCUUGGGUCCUAGCACUGCUUCAGAUGCCUUUGUUACGUGCUGAACAGUGAAAAGCUCAGUCAGCUGAUAUCUGGGGACAUCCGCAACCAGCACAAAACAGGAUCAUUUCUUCUAUCUGAUUGUAUUAAGCAUAAUUGUUUUUUAACAUUAAAUUAGUUAAACCACAAUCAUUAACCACAAAAAAAAAAAUAAUCAGUUUUU